AUGUUGCAGAGCGGACCGGGGGACCAAAAUUCAAGGCCCUCAGCUAUCAUAGCCUGGCCAACUUCGGCCUGGUAGGUGGUUGCCUGUUCGUAGCCCCUAUCACUCACACGAAGAUUGUUUGCUUCAGGAAGCCAAUGGAUCGGUGUGAGCCCCUCCCUGAGUGAAUAUAUAACUGAUAUUCCUGAUCACAACCGACAGGACAGCUGGCCCGUGGCUCAAUUGUAGAAUGUCGAAAUUCAUGACCAAAGAUCUCGGGUUUGAAUCUUAAGUAAUCCACAAUUGGGAUUGGGUAUGAUUGGCUGAUGACGGCCGGUAAGCCAGAAAUGGCCAUUCUGGUCUCCCUUGUCUUUGUAGGUACCAUCACUUUUACUUCUACUACUAGUCGCUGUGCGAUUGCCUGCGAGGGUUCUAGAGUGAGCCUCAAGGCACAGCGGAACACGCACGUUCUGUAACCUGAUCGGUGAGCACCGAUCUGUCAUAAUAUACAUAACUUUGUUCAUCAUCCCCAAAAGAAGACUAAGAAUAAAAUGAGGCGAUUCCAUAAACCACACUGUAUUGGUACUGACGUUUCUGAAACUUCCGCCUUUCCAUCAUCAAAGUGGUGAGGUGUUUGUUCCUGCUAACCCAGAUUUGUUCUGUCUCGCCGCCUGCCUCGUGUUAUAGGCAUGCCUGACGCACGAACUCUGACCUACCUGCUGGCGGGGGAUUGGCUUUGGUCUCUCCGUGGCCGACCGCUGGGGCGCUCGCUUGACCUCUGUCCCCUGUCCGGCCGUCGUUGUCGCUGCUAAGUCUGUGUACUCGUGGGCCCUAACCCCUUAACCUGAUCGGUUCAUCAGCUGUCGUUGCAUGCGUGAAUCGCGUUCGGUUGUUUGGGUGCGUCGGUGGGUCGAUGUCUGGCGUCGGUCGUCUGAUCCCCGGCUGGCUCGCCCCCCCCUGCUGUGAGGUGACAACUGUUGAGAGAGCCGCGAUUUGUUCUCCAGCGCUGUCGGCCCCGUCCGAACUGACUGGAGCCUCGUAGGUAGCGCCUGGUAGGCCGGAUGACGACCAAUGGCUCUGUUGCUUGUGCCAACUGAGGACCAACUUUCGAGAACCAGUCUGGCCACCUUAUCGCUGGCUCGGCCGAUGACGCUUGCCUCCCUAAUGGCGAAAUUGUGUUUCUCCUGUUGCAUGGUAUCGUUUGAUGUGGUCUCCUUAACCGUGAACGAUCUAACGAUAAGAAGCCGAAGUACUGACUCAUGAUCCCCUAAAUGUGUUUAGUGCAGCCCAGAAUUGAAUAAACAUGACGUCCAGCGUGUAUUGUGUGUACCUCUUCAAACUUGGAUAAUGACCGUUUUCACAAGUUUUGUUAUAUUAUAUGAGCGACCAAACACUGAUAAGAGUCACAGUCGCUGCGGCUUGUGUUUUGGGAUUUUUGUAAGGUUGUCGGCGAAGCAAUGAUCGCUGGAAUGUUUGAGUCAUUUGUCGUAACUGCCAAGAUGUUUACAGAACACCAAUCAAGUGAUUUCAGAUUCAAUUAUUAAAUUUCAACCUUGGGCAUUUAAAUUUCGUUUGAAGUCCUCGGACAUGGGCAACUUGCCAGAGUUCAUAUCUGCCGUGAGUACGUUUAAUGCUAACAUGCAGAUUUGACUGAAUUCAUACAACAAUAAUCAUCGCCAAGUGCCUUAUUUUGCUGCCUGAUUAUAUAGUCAACAAGACAAAUGUAAGUAAUUAGAAGUCUGAGUUGGGGAAGCUUAUCUUAGUCGUCCUACCCACAAGCAAUCACAACUUCGGACUCUUCUUUACUCGGAUCAUCAAAAGUACGUUUAAGUGUUGCCCAAAAGCCUUUUUUACAUAGUCCAGUAGGUUAUCCAGAUAAACGCGACGUCGAAGUAAACUAAGUUGUGCUAAAGUGAGCGCUGACAAUUGAAGUGCCAGUUAAAAACUCAUUUGACUUGGCAGGCAGGUCAUUCAAAAGCAGUUUACUACGUGGCUGGCUGUCUCAGACAUUUCUGAUGGUCAAGUAUAGGCGUCCACUGCUGUCACUCUUAAGAGCACCAGUUGCAGCCUCAUCUGACCUGGUCAAAGUAGGUUAAUCGGAGAAGUUUAGUUUCGUGGGUGAAUUUCCUAGGCACUGCAAUAUUCUCUCUCAAAUUACAGCGGUGUUAAUGGUUAUCGUGGUCAUGAGAAUGCCAACCGUGCGGGCGAUGAUGAUGAUGAUGAUGAUGGUGGUGGUGGUGGUGAUGAUGAUGAUGAUGAUGAGGAUGAGGAUGAUGAUGAUGAUGAUGAUGAUGAUGAUGAUGACAUUGUCGCUGCCGCACAUUUCGGCAGCUACAGUACACAAUACAUAAACCAACCUGUGCCUCAUAAGUAG